AUAGUCUUCACACCGUAGUUGUAGCUCACUACCUAUUGCACGAAUGUGAAUAAGGUUGCUGAGUGGAUUUCAAUUCGAUUCGAUGCAAUGAAAUUCACUGUAGAAAUAGAAAAUGAAUUCGGUGAACUACUUGUGUUAGACUGUAAGAUCAGACAAAUAAUGGAUAAAAGUCUAUCAAAUAGAGUAUGUAAUUUAACAACAGAUGACCUGAAGACCAGAACCGAGAAAUGAAUAUUUUGUGUUGAUAAAUAACCACUACUUGGUAUAGUUCAUCAAUAAUAAUAUUGGAAAAAAACGGGAAAUCAAGAGAAUUAGAUUGAGAAAAAGAACUCAUAGUUGGACAAUUUCUACCAUAUAAAAGAGGUAUGUUGGAGGUAAUGAGAGGAAAACCAACGGAUGCCGUCAGAAAUAAAUGAAACUAGCUCAAGGAUCCAGUUAACAGGUUCGACAAAGAAUACUACAUGCUAACUAUUCUGUUAGAUAUGUGAGUCAAAGUGAAUACCGAAGACUAGCCCAGAGUUAGCAUGCAACGAUGCAGAGUUGGAAAAGAAAUAAGUGAUAGAAUCCCACGAAUGGAGUGAAGACCGUGCUAUCGAUUAAAACACUGCCAACAAACUCACUAAAAUCCAGUGUAAGUAGGUGAAGAGAAAACUGAAUAACCGGAUUUAUAUUCAUACAUUUCACACCAAAUCCAGUAGAGGUGACCCAACUCAAUAUGGAACAUUUUAUUGAAUAACAAAGCAAAACAUAUUAAAUCUUUCAAUUUAGACGUUUGUGGGGAUUUAUUUAUUGAUUUCAGGUUGGUAUUCAUCAUGGAUUCAUAUCAGUUAAAGAGACAUUGGAAACCUGCAAGCACUGGACAGCUGUUUCGUCCUAUUAUGGGAUUCCUCCGCAGUGCGUAUCCACGACCCCCCUACGGAUCAAACCCAGGACCUCCAGGUCCCACGGCCACACGUUACCAUUGAGCUACUGGGUCGGAAUACAAUAAUUCAUAUUUUCUACUUCUGUCAGUUCACGAUAUAGUGGGACCUCCAUCCAAGGUCCAAGAUUCGAUUCCUGGCGGGGUCAUGUGUGCACACUGCUAAGGAGUCCCGUACUAAGACGAAACAGCUACCCACUACUCCUAGGUUUCUAAUGUUUUUACAAUUGAUGUCAGUCCAUGAUGAAUGCUAACCUGAAAUCAAUGUAUGAAAUCUAUUAAUUAGUAUUUGACCAACAUUCCAAUCAUUGGUGUUCUUAGGAGAAUUAAUUUUCCUUCAAAUAUUAUCAUUGGGUACCAGGAUUCAUUUCAAACUUGUUUAUAAAAGAUUGGUUCAUUUCACAAUGCAUCAACUCUUCAUGAGUGUAAUUAAUCACGUUUAUACGGGAGCUAGAAUGCCAAUUUAUGAAAUGAUUCGUCAAGAUAUCUUCCAUUUACCACCUGCAAGCCAUUUUACUGUAAAAUCAACUAAGGAUGGUCAUUUAGAACAAACCGAUACUGAACCACUUCAUGAGAAAAAAUUCGAUUUCAUGAUUCGAGCAGCGUUAACUGGUGUUAUAGCUGGGUCUGUCGCACAGUUCUUAGCCAGUCCAAUUGAUCUUAUCAAGGUUCGACUACAAACAGAACGACGGUGGUUGUCAGAAACCCAUUUAAAUGGUUCGAAAUCUGCUAAGCCUACUGAAAUACCUGUUAGUUACAAACGAUUAAGUCUUAUACGUACAACUAAACAACUUAUUUCUGAGAGUGGAAUUAUUGGAUUAUGGCGUGGAGGUUUACCAAAUGUACAACGUGCAGCGCUUGUCAAUAUGGGUGAACUGACUACUUAUGAUACGGCUAAGCGCUGGUAUGCUUUACGUUUUCGUUUAGAAGAUGGUCCAUUUCUUCACAUUUGUGCAUCUGUUACUUCUGGAUUUGUAGCUGCAGUUCUUGGUACCCCAGCUGAUCUGAUUAAAACACGUAUAAUGAACCAACGCUCACCACCAUCAUCGACAAACGGUGGUGGUCCGUUAUACAAGGGAAUAAUUGACUGCUUUUGUAAAGUUGUCAAAACGGAAGGAUUUCCUGCUUUAUAUAAGGGCUUUCUCCUCAUUUGGGCUCGUAUGGCACCAUGGUCGUUAACAUUUUGGCUAACAUACGAGAAAAUUCGAUGCUUGGCAGGAGUUAGCGGCUUUUAAACACACUCCACUAAAUUUUUGUAUCAUACUUUUCUAAGAUUCUACUUGCAGUUAAUGGACAUUUAUACAACUUCACUCACAGAUGAAGCCCAAUUUCUAAAAAUAAACCAAAAGUUAUCCCAAUUUCCUUCAUUGUCUUUAGUCUAUAGAAUAGUCUGUAAUUAUCGUGUUAUUUAGAGUCUUUCAGUUUGCUUUUGUAAAAUAAUGAAAAUUAUACUCAUUAUUAUUACUAUGAUCAUCAUAGAAUGAAUUAAUAAUUUUCUUCUGCAAUAAUAUAUUGAGAUUAUGUUUUGUAGCUGUUGUGUUCUGAUAUCCUGCUGCCCUGUCCCACAUACUUAUACUUGAUUAUCACGAAACUUUAAGUUUUUUGAGACUGAAGAGGUGAAAAAUAAACACUGGUGCAGAAUAUCAUGAAUUCAAUUUAUUAUGUCACAUUUCAUCAGUUGUGUACAUCUUAUAAUAAUCAAAGCUUAUAUUGUAGUGGAAAUUUUUUUUCCAUAAGUUUAAAGUCAGUUGGUGAGUAGAGUCACAUAUUGUAGUGAGGUGAAAAAUUGUGAAGAAUAAAUUGAAA